UUUCAAUAAUGAUUUUAAGCCCGAGUUCAUAACCUGCAGCUUGUUAUCUCUGCAAAAGAAUCAACAAUUGGUAAUCAAAGAUGACGAAUGAUGCUAUAAGCGUUGGAUUGAUGCCAGAAAAGUUUGAUGGAAAUGGGUUUAAGGCGUGGCAACAGAAAAUUUACAAUUAUCUGACCAUGUUGAGCCUAGACAAGUAUCUAAAAGAGGAUACACCGGUUACCCCACCAGAUCAUACAGAUAAGCUUCUUCUAGCAAGUGUGAAUGCGUGGAUCCAUUCAGAUUUUCUGUGCAAGAGUUGGAUUCUAAGCUGUUUGAAUGAUCGGUUGUACGUUGUAAACAACAAGUUCAAAACCUCUAAAGAGCUUUGGAAUGCUUUAGAGAAAAGGUAUCAAGUUGAGGACGAAAGCUUGAUGAAAUACGCUACGGCAAAUUUUCUUGACUUUAAAAUGGUGGAUUCAAAACCCAUCAUGGAACAAGUGGAAGCUCUACAGUCUUUGAAGAGUGAGAUAGCAUCUACGGGGAUGAUGAUUAGUGAAAUGUUCAUGAUCAACUUCCUCAUUGCAAAACUCCCUCCAAGUUGGUUGGGUUUCAAAGAGUAUAUUUCUCACAAGAAAAAUGUAAUUUCUCUCGAAGACUUGAUUGGCGAGAUGCAAGUUGAAUCACAAAUCCGCAAUGCCGAUGUUAUUUCGUCUUAGUGAGAAAAAUGUCGACAUGGUGGAACAUGAAUAACAAGGGUUAUGUUCGGGAUAGACGGAUCAAAAUAAUU